AUGUCUGUCUUUUCCCUGUUCGGUGCCCUCCUCAUCGGGCAACCCGAAGACGCUUCCACCUGGACAAUCUUCGUCUUAUGGAUCGUCCGAAUUGUCUCAUUGUCGCUCAUAUUCAGGACGUACAUUGGUCCGUCUAUUCUCAGCCUCAUUUCAAAUCGGCUGCGAGUGCGUAGUGUCAGUCUACGAUCUAUCCGUGGCAUAUAUUUCCGGGCUGGAACUGGAACAUUACGCGUUGACCGAGUUGGUAUCUCGUAUCAUCGACCCUGUGCACAAUCAGCAAGUCGGUUCUCGAUUAAGGUGGAGGGCAUGAAGCUAGAAAUUACUCAGGAAGGACCAGCUGCCCCAGAAUCACUUCCCUCACUGAGUUCGAACAUCCCUUCGAUCUCGGCACACCUCGCAUCGUUUCAGCUUGCACCUCAUAUCUGGUCCAUUACGCGGUCCGUUCUGUCUUCCCUAUACACUCUCCUCGAUCCAUGUCUGCGUCCAGUGAUUCGGAGGGCGAUUGUUACAGCUCUUCGCCUCGUGAUUCGGGCCCUUCCCGCUCUGACACAUAUCCUCGACUUCGAGUUGCAUUCUGCGAUAGUCACCCUCUCGACCAUACCUGGUGUGGAGUUUGGCUUGGAAGAUGCGAGAUUUCAUACGCAAGUCUCGCUAUCGUCAUUGGAAAGUGUGGUAUAUCCCGAUGAAAACACCGACUACCGCAGCCAGUCCCGCCAUAGGCGCUUCGCCAGCGUAGCCGACUGGAAUGCGCGACUAACAGGUAGUCUGCGACGCACAUGGGACCGAGCUUGGGGUGCCACCCUUGUUUCCGCAUCUAUCUCUUUACAGGUCAAAGGCGUCACAGGGACUGCUCGUCCUUUAGCGCUGAAGGAAUUGUGUCAAGAAUUCUACAUGGUGACCCAGAAUUUCGUUGAUAUGCCCUCUGUUAAUUUUGGGCUGACCGUCCGAGUGGAUCCGCGUAGAGGAAUAGAGCCUCAUAGUGUGGAGACAUCAUUGGCAGUCAAAACCGUGGAUAUCAAUGCUGACAUCCUGCGAAAUUUGCUGAACAUCAUGAAAGCGGAUCGCAGUACUGAAGAGGAGGAUGCUACUCGUGAAAAUGGCUUAUUGUCGGCCAUAUCCCCUCCCAUUUCCUCUCGGGCAAAGUGGGCAUCACCAGCGUCUCCACGCUCACCAUUUAUGGGGGCUUUGUCUGCAUCGAUGCGCUUCCGCUGGGGUGGUAAACAAUUUGCAGUACGCAGAUUGAAGACCAAGAGCCCAACGUCUCAGGUGUCUCUGCUCAAGAGCAUUGACUUCAGACUUUCCAAGCUCACGUUGACCCAUUGUUUGCGGCGCAGUCCAACGGAUGUCACUCUGACAUUCAAAGCUACCAUGAAGCAUGUAGCUCUCAGUGCAGGUCUGAGCCAUCCUGACUCAAAUCCCAUGCACCGGGAGUGGUUGGGCAAGAAAAGUAUACCAGGCGAUGAACUCAGCGCAGACGUGUACCGUCUCAAUUUCUUCACAGCUGCUCUGACUCUCGACAGGGUAGGCUCUGGGGCGCUCGUGGAUCACCUCCGAGUCCUUUCCGCCGGUCCCUUGCAGCUUGAUACACUCGUCUCUCGGUGGCCUUUGCCUUGGCUACACGGAUUAAACUUCCUGUUGGGUGAUCCAAAUGCCCAACUUCUGGUCACAAAUGUUUCUCUUGGUACCGUUCAAUGUGUAGAGCGCAUGGAAGUGCUCCAAGCACUACUGAAGAGGAAGGAACCCUCGAAACCCAGGGUCGACACUGGGCCGAUGUUGCCUGCCAUUCUGUGCCCUGUGCCCCGUGUUGCUAUCGGAUUUCAAGUAGACGAGAUGUGUGUUCGUUUGAUAUCUUCCAGUAGCAAGGGUGAUGAUGUCCCGUUCGCGCUGGAGCUACGAUCGGAUGGCUUCCUAGCAUCCGCAGCAUCAAACUAUUCGUCUAUCACUGACAAUCACCAGGGCCAUAUUCCGCAUGACAACCUCGGCCUACGCAUGGGUCUCGAUCUCGUCUCUGCAUUGAAGCGCACCUUCGUCCGCGUACGCUUCGGUCCCGACAUGGAGCAAGGACAUAGCGAUGCCGCGCAUAUUGACUAUCUAGGCGAAUCCUUACUUUCACUGGAAGCUGUUCAGCUUCUCGGUCAUGCAAGCGCCAUUGGGGACAUCGGGGACGAGUCCCAAAGCGUUGCGCUAGACGUUGCUUCCAUCUACACCGAUCUCCAAUGUUCGACAGAGGCCCUCUCUGUUGAAUUAUGGCAACCUGAUGUCAUCAGGGCUUUGUCGAGAAUUGCCGCAGACCGCGGCGAGCUGCAAUCCGAGACAACGCCGGCUUCUCCUCGCCGUGUCCUCGAUAAACUGCCAUUUGGACUGUCUGCCUCGUUUGCGAUAGGACGACUGAUCAUCUCUGUGACUGGCCCCGAUAUCGCACCAGAUGAAAGGCUGAACAUUUCUCGAGGAGUAGUCUCGCAGACAGGCGUUUCUAUCAGUUAUUGCGCCGUGCGCAGCAGGCAUACCGAGCAGCUCCGUGGUCUCCAUGCUUACAACGACAAACGCUUACGACUGUCACUUCCAACCGAACAAGUGGUGAAGGCUAUCGCGGGCACUGCUACCCCAGGAAAGAGUCACAGUUUCCGUGCUCUCGUGCAGGUGGCAUUCUGGGAUGCCAUGCUUCGAGAUGCGGUCUCUACCUGCUUUGCCGCGGACGACCCUUACUGCGUUGGAGACCAAAAUGCUGAUAUUUCAGCAAGGGAGUUUUUGCGCAUCAAACACACUAGUAUUGAUGUCGUCCUUUCUGGUCUCCGUCCCAAUGGCUUUGCCUUCGCAGGGGUGAAGGACGAUUGUUCUGUCACAGUGGGCGUAUCGAAUGUCCGUGGAUCAAUGAGUCUUGCACAAGUGUACAACUUGCUUCUUGCCGUUAAGACGUUGAAUUUAUUCUCCGCGAAGUCAGCCAGCACCCACUCGCAUCGUCCGCCGUCUCUCCUUUCCAUCCAGAUCCGCUGUUCCGUGAACGAGCUUCAAUUACUGUGGGAAUUCCCAAUUCGAACAAAACUCUUCAUGCGUCUCACUGCCCUGCAUUGCUUCAUUCCAUCCGAGGAGAAGAUUGAUGCGAAGUGGAGGUCUAUCGUUUUCGCUACGUCUGUCCCGGUUGACCGCGACGGCAUCCAGAAGGAAGAGUGGGAAGAAGUGCUGCGUCUGUCCAACUGGGAUGUCCUCCUUCAACCCAAGGUCCGUCCGUUAGCUGUCUCGGUUGAUGGAGACACUGGCCGUCUCAGGAUCCCCUUCGAUUUCGUUCUGGCCGAUCUUAUCCUUGACAUUAACGUCACCAUCAAAAGCAUUAAACAUCUUUCCCGGAUGAUUUCUGCUGGUCGGUACCACCGACCACCUGUUCCACAAGCUGAGGAAGCGAAGAAUGUGCCUAACAUCUCUAUCGUGGUUCGCUGUUUGACUUUCGAGGCCGCGGAUGAGGAUUUCGAGGCACAAUUGGGCCUGAUAUGGCGGACCGGAUACGAUGCUGCAAUCGUCCGAAAAAGUCGUGACGAUGCUUUUGAAUCUAAAGUUGCAACAGUUCUUGCUUCCGGUUCUGAUCAUGUUCGUUCAAGCACCCAAGAUAUCGGCUCGGAUUUCCAGUUCAGUUCUGAACGCACGGUCCCCAUUGCCGAGGCUCAUGAUCGACUCCUUCAAGUUCAUUCAGUCGCCUGGAGAUCAGCGAUUUUGAAAGCGAAGUUUUCACAGAUGUAUAAGGAAGAAGGACUUGCUAGACGCCUAUCGGUUGACAGUCAAGAUGCUUUAAAAGGCGAUCUAGUUAAUGUCAAGCUGCCAAGGCCUGUUCCUCCUCUAUGCAGGCUGACUCUUGAUCGCCUUUCGUUAUCUAUGUCGUCCCCUUCGUUUGCAUCCGGUAAUCUGGCCGACUUCCUAUACGACUUGGGAAAUGGUCUUCCUCGAGAUUCACAGUUCUCCCUCCUCAUACCAGUCCACCUGGACCUUUCUGUAAGGUCACUGCGAUUCUCCUUCCGCGAUUAUCCUCUGCCUCUGCUCUAUAUCCCUCCGAGCUCAGUAGAAGGCAUGGUUGGAUUGCACUUCGGUAGCCACGUUGUGAUUGCUGAAGAAAUGGGCACCAAGGAGUCCGUCGAGUGGAUAUCCUGUGAGGUCGUGAAAGAACACAAUGGUAUUCAUGGUGCUUCUCCAUUAUCCAUCCUAGUUCCUAAGACCAUUAUGCCUGUCAAGACUUACGCUAACCCACACAUCCGGGUCACUACCGACGGGGUGACUGAUUUCUCGUGGGCUGUCAGUUACGGUCCUGCAAUGCAGGAUUUCCUCCGUGUCCUCGACACGUUGUCGCAUGCUCCGCGGGAUCCUUCUCCUCCCAUCGGCAUCUGGGACAAAUUGAGGCUCAUCUUCCACUGGCGUAUCAAGGUGUCCUUCGACGAAGAAGUCCAUUUCCAUAUGAAAGGAUCUCGCGAUCCCUACAUGCUUGAUGGGCAUGGAGCAGGAUUCGCCCUUUGCUGGCGUGGAGAUACCAGACUCUUGAUUGGGCAGCCAAACAAACAGGGCGAACUCAUCCAAGUGACGAGCGACUCCAUGCUUGUGGUGAUUCCAAAUAUAGAAGACACCUACGGCAGCUCCUCCCCGGCUCGCCGGAAUGCUCAGGAUACUUCGGCUGCUCCUUCGAAGCCUCAGGCCAGUAAAUCUCGGAAAUAUCGCAAGGUUUGUGCGAAGCUGAGUUCGGGUGUACGCUUUGGCGUUGGUUUUGUGCUCGAACGCGCGUGUGGUCCCGAAUGCGACAGAUGCACUGGUACCCCAUUUCACCGCAAAUGCCGAAUGUUCCAUUUCCUCCCUCAUUACGAUGUUAAGUUAGAACAGAAGUCGGUGACUCCUGAAUGCAAGUCCAACGCAGACUCCUACAAUAGAUUCCGUUCCGACUUCAUUCAUAUGUCCUUAUCCCUGACUUCUGCGCUACAUAACGAACAGGCUGCCAAUCUUGACUCUAGCAGUAUUCACUUGUCGCCCGAGACAUUCGCACUUUUCUGGGCGUGGUACUCGUUGUUCGACGGCGCAAUGUCUCUUCCAAUACGCCAAGGGCCACGUUAUGCGCGCAAGCGUCCCGUUUCACCCAAAUUUGGCCAACAUCUUGCCACGCUGAAGUAUCGAUUCUCCGUCGCUCGUUUUUUCAUCUCUCAUCUCUACGUCGACAAUUCUCGGGAUGCGUGGCUAGACGGCGUUACACCAUAUGUUGGAGUCAAAGCUAUGAUUGACCAUUUCCAGGCUGACAUGCACCAAAGAGACCAAGAACGUUCGCUCAAUAUCCCAGGAGGGGUGCAGACUGUCCAUCACAAGGUCUUCAACGCCAUUGAAGUGGCGAUGCGAGGGCUAGAGCUGCGUACUGUGCUCGCUAUCUUCUCGGAGCAGCUCAAACAAUAUGUUCCUGUGGAUUCACCACCUCUGAGCAGCAACUACAGGACGCAGACCAACUUGACUGCUGAGGAUCCCGGUUCUCUAUGGCUCGACUUGGAUGAUUUCGAUGAGAUAGACAAGACACCCUCCAAUUUUUAUCUUCUCCCCACUGGCUCUUGCCCACGAUUCACGUACUUCAAACAAGUCAAGGAUGACGAUCAAAGCACCUCCAAUGAGUCUGUGGAGCGUAGUAAGUUUGGUACCGAGCAGACACACGUGUGCUUCCUCGGGAAAGAAAAAUCUGUUACUCAGGUACAGAUGACCUUGACCUCAGACCGCAUUCAGGAACUUCAGCGAAAAUAUGACCGACAAGCUCGACAAGGGCGUACAAAUGGGAAGUCGUCGGGGAACCAUCAGGAGGAUGACGCCAGUGAUACACGACGAAUGAUAGCACUACUGGAUGAUUAUGUCUCACAUCUCUGCAAAGUCGAAGCUGCGUCAACGCACCUAGGGCCGAAUGGUGGUCAAAGUUAUUAUAUGCCUUCUGACUCAGUCUCUUCGGAGGAGUGGGCUACGUUUGAUCACGUCUACCAAGUUCACUGUCCUCAAGUAUUCAUGGAUAACACGAUACGUGACAUUUUGAUGCAGUAUUAUCAUUGUUCUCGUUCUCGACGCGGCAUUGAUUAUCACAUGGCAACGCGUGCUGUCAAAUUCAUACGCGAUCAAGCGAAAGCGGCUCUUAUCGACAUCUUACAGGAACCAGAGAGCCCUAGAGGUGCUGUCUCUACUGCCUACGCUGCUGCUGUUGCUGUUCGUAAGCUCUUGAUUGGCGAAGAUGGACAGGAUACGGCUGUUGAUGUUCCAACGCGCCCAAAUACUGAUGAUCCUGCUCGGCUUGAUCCUCUUGACGGGUGGUCCGAGGGCGUCUCGCUGCGCAAGAGCCACUUCUGUCUGUUGCUCAAGCCGCAGAUUGUGCUGCGCGAAUGCAGUACAGACUCAGUUUGUGUGCUAGCUGCAGUGCAUGGGAAAUUGAAGUCUUUCGACAUCAUGGACGACGUGAAUGCUGACGAUCCUGUCAGUGGUAAGGUGAUGAGCAGAAAUUUCGCGUCUAUAACCGGACUCCAAACGUUCUCCCCGUCAGCUGUGAACAACUCCGGGGAAGGCUGCGUCCCUUUAGAGGUCUUGAUUGAUCUUCGCUGCGAAAACAGUGCCUUCGAUCGUCUUGUUCCUCAGACUGAUGCUUCGCUCCAAUACGACAAGUUCAAUCGACUCCGUCUGCGUAACAAUGUAACGUCUGUUGUGCGUGGCCAUGAACAAUCUUCCCGCGAUCACUUGCAGAAUCAGACUGACCUCAUUCGAGUGCAUGUUCCACGGUUCACAGUUUCCGCCAAUGAUCGACACUUCCAAGCUAUUUCAAGCAUUGUCACUAACCUCCUGCUAUUCUCUGACGUUGCCUUCAAAACGCGUUCCGACAGGCUAGAGAGAAUGCUCUUCAGUUAUGACUUUACAAAUCUCGAAUCCGCAGCAGACGUCGUGGAAAACAUGCAAAUGCGCUUGAGGCAUGCCAUGGACACACGACGAGAGGCAGGUUGGAAACUUCGAGGCACCGGCGAAGCGGGGCAAGUUGAGAUGCUCAAGAUUCAAGCUCAUAUCCUCUUGCUUGCGGAAGAGCUGAAUCUUAUAUUCGAUGGCAUGAAGUUAGCACAGGACAAGCUCAACGACCACCCAGAGCAGAAAUCAGCACUCCUCUUGCACGCCUCCUCGUAUGAAAUUUCGUGGAGAAUGCUUGAUAGACGCGACCAAUUACUCGCGAAACUAGCUGUCCGUGACAUCAAUUUUUACUGGCUCAAUAGGCAAGACAGCUCCGUUGUCAAUGACCUGUCAGUCGGAGAUCUUCAAGCGUUCGAUGGUGCCGCAGACGCAGAGUGGACGGAGAUACUGUGCAAACACGACGAACCAGCUACACAUCCGUUGGUCAAGCGCAAGUUGUUCUUACUGGCGGAUUGGACGGUCUUACCCCCCGUUGGAGGCAUCACUAUUUACGAAGCUUUUGAACUCACAUUUCAUCCCAUGCGGUUGCAAAUCGACACUCGGAUGGGGCGCAAGAUCAUGGAAUACGUUUGGCCAGCUCGUAGAAACAGGAAGCAACUGACGGAUACCCAAUCCUUGACUCCCUCACCUGAUACACCCUCACCUGCCACUGACAUCUCGAAUAUCAUUAUCACUGCUUCUUCCCCGGCCUCCCCUAGGCGCUCUUUAUCGGACAUGAUGCCUCGUAAAGCUAUGGAUGGAAACAAACUAGGGAUCGCUCCUCUACGCAAGCUGGGUAGUUCAAGGUCCUUCACUGACUUGCGGAAAGCCGAGUCGGAUACACUGCGAACUCCGUCGUUGCAUAAGACGCGCUCUAUCGAAGCUCUUGUAACGCAUCCAUCGUCACCUAUCUCUCCCACGAAAACCCAGACUCCAAAAUCCGCAGAAGAUAAAGACCGAAUUGCGCUGUUACGCAAGGAAAUCGACGAUGCUGCCGAGAUGAAGACCCGUUCGUCGCAGAAGACUUUCGCGUGGGUGAGGGUGGCUAGUCUAUAUUUGGUCCUCAGCAUCAGGAAAGAAGACUCGUUCCUCUGCCGCGAUGCUCGUAUUCGUACUCGAGACCUCGAGUAUCGCAACCAGACUUGGAGUUUCGAAGAAUUGGUAGAUCAGUUCAUUCCUUCCGACCGGAACUGGAGGGGUUGGAUCAAAAUGGCAUUCCAGCAACCGCUGGUUCCUGUUCUCCCAGUCGCGCGCGAAAUCAUCUCAAAGACCAAGUUCAUCCCAUCUAGAAGUCACCAUCAUCACGAUGAUCAUGGCCGCAUGACCACUCCGAAGUUGCGCAGCCUGAAAAGUGCAGGUCGUGAGUCAGAGGAGAAGAAACGAUCGGCGGUAUCCCUUCCACCGACACCGAUUGUGGACCCGUCAUUGUCAAGUCUCACGACGGAGCCGGAGACUAUGCCUGACUCGCCCUCAGAGACUACAAAACGGCGACCCAGGGUGCUAAGUGUAUUCAAGCGGAAGGGGCGUGGCGAUUCGAGGUCAAGCAUGGAUUCUGAUAUCUCCACCACCGGAACCUUUUCUGGCUGCGCACCAAGUCACCGUUCGAAAGACAAUAGCAAACGUGUUGAUAGUUGA